UGCCUGCUGAGAUUUUUUUUCGGUAACUCACCGAUCAGAAAAGUCGCGUACUCGUCCAGCAGCCAGCUCGUUCGUUCGAAGAAAAAGCGUCUUCUAUCUACCAAAUAAAAUUUCAACGCUGCCUUCUUUUUUCGUUCGCUUUCGAUCCACGGGUGGAAAACAGGAACAAAAAUCUGUCCCGAAAACGACGCAGAUCCUCGCCAGAUAGCUAGUGGUGUGUUAUUUUUAAUAAAAGUGACGAGUUAGUUUUAAUUUAGCUGGAAACUUUGGCAGAGUAUUAGAAGAAAUUUUGAAAUGGCUUCGAAGCGAGGACGCCCUGGUAAGAAAGCGGUUGUCGAGGAAGUGGUCGCCCCGGAAGUCGACAAUGUUGAGCCGGUAAAAAACGGUAUCGAAACCAAGAAAAAAGCUGUGAGCGCUAAAUCGAAAUCUGGCGCCCCUGUUGCCUCUGAAGUGCCCAGCAAAGGUGGCCGAGGUAGGAAAGCCGCUAAGGAGGAACCGGAAGUUGAGCCCGUCAUUGAAGAACCCGCGGUGGUAGCAAAGAAAGGGGGACGAGGACGAAAACCGGCCAACGGAGCUGCGAUAGAAGCACCAGAAGUGGAGAUUGCUGCACCACCAGCAAAGCAAGCAUCACCGGCGAAAAAGGGAAAAGUAGUGGUAGAAAGCAAUAGUUCACCAGUUGCUGCCAAGGGCAAGGGGCGAGGCAAAACGGCGGCACCAGUUGCGGCCACUGAAGAACCAGCAGCAGAACCAGCACCACCGGCAGCGAAACGCGGACGCAAAGGAAAGGCUGAGACGAAAGAACCAGAGCAAGCCCCUUCACCGGCUAAGAAAGCUAAACAAAUUGCAGGACCCGAAAACAACGAAGAGGCAGCCCCGGCACCUGCCAAGGGACGAGGACGUGGCAAGAAGCCUGCUUCAGAAAAAGCGGCUUCACCAGAAAAGGCAUCACCAAAAGCUCCAGCCAAGAAAGGCGGCCGUGGCAAGAAAGUGGCCGCUGCCGAAUCUGAGGUACAAUUAGACACUCCUGAAGAUCAGAAAACGACAAGCACCAAGACAUACGGUAAAAGUAAAAAGAAUGAGAAAAAAGAGGAAGUUAUUCAAGUGUUGAAUGGAGACACUCCAAAAGAAGAUAAAUCUACCAUCACAAAGGCAACCGAAAAGACAAAUAAGAUCGAAAAGAACGACGAGACCGUUGCACCAUUAAAUGGAGUGACCCAAAGGAAGAAGAAAAAGACCGCUGAUGAUGUCGACGGAAAUGCACAAUCAGCAGAGGAACCGAAAGCCAAAAAAGCUAAAGCCGACAAGAAACCGGCCGCACCAAAGAUGAACAAAACCGGUACCGACUACUCGAAGCUGAAUUUCGACUUGGACGGGAAAGAAUUCAACUAUAAGAUAUCCAGCUGGAAUGUUGCUGGGCUGCGAAGCUGGAUCGAUAAGGGCGGUCUAGAAUUUUUCGAACAUGAAAAACCGGAUAUCCUGUGCGUCCAGGAGACCAAGUGCGCUGAAGAUCAACUGCCGGAUGCUGCUAGGCAGAUCAAAGGUUACCAUCCGUACUGGUUGUGCAAACCAGGUGGUUAUGCUGGUGUGGCAAUCUACUCGAAGAAAAUGCCUCUAAACGUCACCUACGGUCUGGGUGAUGAGGAGCAGGAUGCUGAUGGUCGAGUUUUGACGGCUGAAUAUCUAAAAUUUUAUCUAGUCUGUGUUUACGUGCCAAAUGCCGGUCGAGGAUUAGUGACCCUGCCCAAACGGAUGCGAUGGGAUGAAAAGUUUCAAGCAUAUCUGAAGGAGCUUGAUUCGAAGAAACCGGUUAUUCUCUGCGGGGACAUGAAUGUGGCCCACGAAGAAAUCGAUCUGGCUAAUCCUAAAACGAACAAGAAAAAUGCAGGUUUCACCCCGGAAGAACGAGCAGGAAUGAGUAAACUGUUAUCGCUGGGAUUCGUGGAUACCUUCCGCCAGAUUUAUCCGGAUCAAAAGUCAGCCUACACUUUCUGGACUUACAUGGGAAAUGCUCGGGCCAAAAAUGUGGGCUGGAGAUUAGAUUACUUUAUCGCUUCCGAACGCUUGCAAAGUAAAGUUGUGGAUCACGUCAUUCGAACAGAAGUCUAUGGCAGUGAUCACUGUCCCAUUACGUUGUUUUUGAAUCUCUAGAUUCAUCUUGACCGUUGCGAACUUUAGUUUAUUUUACUUAUUAUUUUCUACAAUUUCUGCUUUUUUUUCCUCAGCCAACAGUAAUUUUUCGAAGCAUUCUCAUUGCAAACACUCGUGACUACAAACUUACCACACCGCAUUUGAGCUUCUGAGGGGAACAAUCGAUACAAAAAUGCAUUUAUAAGGUGAAAAAGGAAGUGUAAUUUUGGAAAUAAAACCAUACACCAUGUACCAUGUA